ACAGACCUUUCAUUCGGCCCCAUGAAAGACGAGACGAGACGAGACGCAGCCUAUGGAUUUGGAAUUUACUUUGGAAGACGUGUUGGUCUUCAUCUUCCAAAAUUCCAUUCAAAGCACGCACUUUAAUAUACCAAAAGGAAAAGAAAGAGAGAUUUCCAAAGUAGAUCCCAAUCUCUCUCUUUCAAGCAAUUCCUCAAACACCUUCACUACUAUAUUAUCAUAACAUAUUAGUUAAUUUCAAACUCAAUUGUAUUCAAGAGAGACCACUCUGUGUGUGAGAGAGAGAGACGGAGAGGAACCUGAAAGUAUGGCAACGUUGCAGAAGUUCAAGCUGCUCGCAACGCAAUGCGGCGUGGCACAGAGUCCUACGCGGAGCCCGAGAACAAGUCCUCUUGUUCAUCUCCGUCGCAAGAAAACCACCCUCCGCAUGCUGCUUACCCGGAGCUCAGGCUCUGGCCGCUUGUCACCUCCACGACAUGAACCACCUCCGGUUCAUCGCCAACCGGCAAUCCUUGCACCACUGCCAGAGAAAAAGAGAGAUACUUUAAAGGACUUGUUCGUGUCGUCGCCGCCCCCCUUUGAGAACGAAGGAAGCAAAGGCGAGGCCAGAGAGGUUAUUGGAGGCAAGUGUGAAGUUUUUAGAAUGAGAGUGAACGGUUUGUUAGUUGAACCGGCCGGUUCGCCAAGACCGGGUUGGGUCGGGUUUAGACAUAGGUCCCUGAUUAGGAGAGCUUGGCGCCCUCUGCUGGCUGCCAUUCCAGAGGAUGAGUAAAAAUUAAUCAUACCCAGUUUCUGCAGUAGUCAAAUAAUUUUCCUUGAAUAAAAAAUUUUGUGCUUUUUUUACCUUCCGAUAUAGUAUUUCUAAAUAAGUUAGUCCUGUUUGGCUGAAGGAAGAAUCAGAAGGAAAAUGCUUUCAUUUUUGUCA